CAUGUCGUCUAGUCCCUCGCUCAUUCCCUUUCAAAAAGGUGCGACAAGGUUUGUUUUGUGGCGCUGCUGAAUUUGAUAGUUGCAUGAACUUGGCUGCAAAAGCUCUGGCCUUUGAUUUUCUUUUCGUAUUUUCAUAGUUGAAAACCCAGAAAAGAAAUCGUUUUUUGUGUCAUUGUCUGCUUCUUCUCCUUAUUCUUCUCCAACCCCGGUAGUUGGAGUAUUUGGUGGCUUUGGUAGCAAGGAGUGGGAACUGUAUAUGUGUGUGUUUCUAUGAAUAGUGGGUGGCUAUUAGAAUAACCAAAACAUUUGGGUAUGUCUCAUUCAUGGGUUCGAGCCCUUUCAGUCCGGAAGAGGCAAUAUGGUCUUGUUGGUUUACUUCAUAGAAGCACUUCUCUACACAACUGUGUGACUGAGCCAAUCCCAUAUUUCUACGAAGAAAGACACCACCUUCAUUCUAUAGCACAUUCUGAUCAUGUUAUCAAGAUCAUAUCCGGAUCACUAUCUAGUGCGGCCAUUGUCAAUGGUAAUCGAAGGAAAUCUUCAGUUUGGAAUUGCUGCAGGUCAAUCUUGAGCCUGCAUCUGCCUAGUGCAGUUCAGGCUACCGGGGGACUUUGCACUCUGGCUGAAAGUGAACUGUUGGAUACUGAGUCGCGCAAUGAUGCAAGUGGUCAUUUGGAAGAGCCAUAUGCUGAUUUUGAAUCUGAUAGUGGUGAUGUUAUUAAAAAGAAAGUUAAAGGUGUGUAUGAGAAACCAGUGGACUUCACUAAAGUUGACAUUAAUUUGCUUCCAACCGUAAUAAUUAUCGGGCGGCCAAAUGUGGGCAAAUCGGCAUUGUUUAACCGUUUAAUUCGAAGGAGGGAGGCUCUUGUGUAUAAUACACCAGAUGAUCAUGUUACUCGGGAUAUACGAGAAGGUGUUGCCAAACUGGGUGAUUUGCGAUUUAGAGUAUUGGAUUCUGCUGGACUAGAAACAGAAGCAUCUUCAGGGUCUAUUCUCGGCAGAACUUCAAAAAUGACUGCAAAUGUGCUAGCAAGGUCCAAUUUUGCAAUGUUCCUGAUAGAUGUGAGAGCUGGACUUCACCCCCUUGAUUUGGAGGUUGGAAAGUGGUUCCGCAGAAAUGCUCCUGGGAUCAAACCUAUAGUAGCAAUGAAUAAAUCUGAAUCACUUUUUGAUGGUAGUAACUCUCUUAAGGCAGCUGCUGAUGAAGUCUAUAGGUUAGGAUUUGGGGAUCCUAUUGCAAUAUCUGCCGAGACUGGACUGGGUAUGACAGAACUUCAUGAAGCUCUUAAGCCUAUGCUUGAGGAUUAUAUACUUCAGGUCUUAAAUGAUGAAGAUAAUCAGAGCAAUAGUGAGGACAGUAGCUGUAGUGAGGAUGAGCAAAGCAAGCUGCCAUUACAGUUAGCAAUUGUAGGACGGCCUAAUGUUGGAAAGUCUACCUUGCUGAACACAUUGUUACAAGAAGAUCGUGUUUUAGUGGGCCCAGAAGCUGGUUUGACUAGAGAUUCAAUUAGAGCUGAUUUUGAAUUUCAAGGGAGAAAAAUAUAUCUGGUUGAUACUGCAGGUUGGUUGCAGAGGACAAAACAGGAGAAAGGACCAUCAUCUUUGAGCAUUGUGCAGUCAAGAAAGAAUCUAAUGAGGGCCCAUGUAGUUGGUUUGGUCCUUGAUGCAGAAGAGAUUGCAAAUGCUAGACGAAGCAUGACACAUGAUGAAGUAGUUAUAGCAAGACGAACAGUGGAAGAAGGGCGUGGUUUGCUUGUGAUAGUGAACAAGAUGGAUCUUCUUAGAGGGAAACACAAUUCUACUCUAGCUGAGAAGGUCAUGGAAGCUGUUCCUCUAGAAAUUCAGACAGUAAUACCACAGGUAACUGGAAUUCCUGUUGUAUUUAUUUCGGCAUUGGAGGGAAGGGGCCGGAUAGCAGUCAUACGUCAGGUUAUUGAUACAUAUGAAAAAUGGUGUGUAAGAUUGUCCACAGCUCGUCUCAAUCGUUGGUUGCGUAAGGUUAUGGGCAGGCAUUCUUGGAAAGAUCAGGCUUCACAACCCAAGAUCAAGUACUUCACCCAGGUGAAGGCCCGGCCACCCACUUUUGUUGCCUUCGUGAGUGGAAAGGCACAGCUCUCGGAUACAGACCUUAGGUUCCUAUCCAAGUCUUUGAAGGACGACUUUGAUUUGGGUGGAAUUCCCAUUCGGAUCAUGCAGCGGUCUGUUCCAAGAAAAGGUAUGGAUAGCACUAGUAAGAGCAACCGAUCUUCUGGCAAGGGUAAAAAGAUAUCGACUGACAAGAGAACUGUCUCUGCUUAAGUGCAUUUUUGAUUUGACUAGAGGAGGUAAUUUUGGUCCCCCACUGUUCUAGCUGCCUGAAUUGGAACUGCAGUGAUCUUGAAUAGGGAUCCUACAGUAAUGGAUAGAAUCUCCAUAAAAAUACCAUUUGUCACCAGUGAUUUUGUAUCAAAUCAAAAUCUUGGCUAAUUGAUCUCAGUGGGUAGCUCCUGGUUAGAUGCUAAAAUUAAGUAAUUAUCUUUAUGGUCAAAAAUAUGAUCUUUGGCUCUUCAGUACUGGAUACUGUUUUGUCCUGGUUGGUUGUUUUUAAGCAAUUUAAAGGAAUUUGUGUGAUUAGUAUAUGUAAAUUAUUAGUAAUCGACGAAAUGGUAAUCCUGCAUUUUUGUUGCUUUCUUCAA